UAGGGAUAGAGAGAGAGAGAGUGGGACACGAGGCAGAGAGAACGAGAGAGGUUCCGUGCGUAAAAGAAGAGCAAGAGAGAAACAUUUCGGAUGACCGCACGGCAAGUUCAGCGCACUGCGCACACCCGCAUGUCCCACCCAGACAUGCGCUUUCUCGUCGUUUUGGCCGUCCACCUCCGCUGUCUGCCGCUGCUGCAGGCCAUCCCGAACAACCCCGAGUCCAACCCGGACGCCGAACCCACGGCUGUUCUCGAGCCAGCCGGGCUGCAGCAGCAGCUGCAGCAGCUACAGCAGCAGCAGCAACAGCAGCAUCAUCUCGCCGGGCCGGGCACCCUGCGUUCGGCUGGCAGGGAGCCGCGGCACUGGGGAAAAGCGGGCGCGAGGAAGGGAUCUCUGUACUGCAGGGUGGGCAUUGGGUACCACCUGCAGGUCCACGCCGACGGGAGGGUGAGCGGGACCCACACGGCAACUCUGCUAAGUAUGCUGGAGAUAUUCGCCCUCUCGCCGGGCAUCGUGGUCAUCAGGGGAACCUACAGCAAUCGAUUCCUGGCCAUGAACUACAAGGGGAAAAUCUACGCCUCUGCAAAGUUCAACAACGAGUGCAGGUUCCGCGAGACCUACCAGGAGAACAGCUACAACACAUACUCCUCGGCCGCCCACCCCAUCACACCAGCGCCGCACGCCAGCGCCUGGUACCUGGCCCUGAACAAGCGCGGCCUCCUGCGACGCGGCAACAGCCCCCGUCUGGGACCCAACCACGUCUCGACGCACUUCUUGCCGCUCUUCAGCGGCACGACGGACGAUUCCGCUCGUGCCUCCGACGCCGCGGCCGUCGCCGGCGAUAAGACGUUUCGCUUCGUCGGCAAGAAGGCGCCGGCAUCGGUGGCCGUGCCCAAGCAGACGACGGCCCGAUCGGCGCCGCCGGCCGUCAAGGUGCAAAGGAAGGCCGCGGAGAGCGCACCGAGGUACUGGCCCAAAUUUCGCUUUGGGUGACGUCGCGAGAGAACGACAAGAAAAAAGAUGACCGUGUUUAGGAGGCCAUUGCAGCUGCUGGUGUCGAAAUGCGGCCGUGUGCCGUUGCAGCUGUUGGAGCGCUCGACUCGCAAGCGGGUGGGAUGUGAGCUCGGAUCCCGGCCGGGGAGGCCGACUCAACCAUUCAUCGUAAUCAAUGCAGGGUUGAGAAAAUACGUACCGCUGUUAUCAAGCCAACGGUGCUUGAACUUAUGGCCCUGGCCAUAGAAAUGUGGAGUUUCCACCACUGACCCGGGGCUGUUGAUGCAGGUGAGGACAUUCUGACCCGGACUUUUACCGAAAUUCGGUUGGUCGGUGAAGAGAGGGCCGUCACUGACUCAACGGUCACUGCAUUUAAGGGCAGCAGAGGUAUAACAAUUUCCUGGUUGUUCCAAAUGUUCACGAGAUCGUUGUUUGAUAUUCCUAGCAUACGCUGAGAAAUAAUUGCACAACGUUGUCCAAUUUGGUGAGCCAAAAGUGCAAAAAGUUACUUAUGUUGAGCCAAUAGAGUGCAAGAAAGAUGUAAUUAAAAUUGAAACCCCUUGCUCAGGUGUGGACACGCACGCACACACACACGCACACGUCUUCAACAAGUUUACAGCCGCAACAAAAGUGGAAAUUAUCAGCCUGAGAUUUCAGUUGAGGACGGAAUUGCCUCCGAUGGUGACUUCUGUGAUUGUCUCUGGGAAAUUCACUCACCACGUGCCAGACUAAUAUUGGAGUGGAGUAAUAAUGAAUUAUACAAUAUCAAUGUGAUUGGCCAAUGAUGUCUUUAUCACCAGUGCCUGUGUGCACAGUAGGAACUCAGGAAAUGGGCCUUCAUUAAGACUGCAUUGCUGCAUAGCUAUAAGAUGCCUGGCUGAAAUAAUUGAAGUCCAAAGCUAGCAAUUUCCAUUUGUGCUGUACUUCUGCUGUGUUUGAAAACUAUCUAUUUUUUUUGUUUAAUAUUUAAAAACCUUUUUUUUUAUGAAUGGUCUCCAACAAGGAGGUUGACAAAUGUUCUGCCUUAACUGUCCAUUUGUCCGUAAAUAGGGUGGCACGACAGCACCUAUAAAGAUGAUCCAAUGUGAGAAACAUUUAGUAUAAAGUUGUGUUGCUAUCCAUGUAUUUUCCCGAUUAAAAAGCGGCCCCAUUUGAUCCAGCACAAAAUAUGAAAACAAGUUUUUUGCACGAGACCGAUUGCCGUCGGCUGUCUUAUUGCAAAUUGAAUACUUCUAAAGAUAAACACACGUCGGAAAGCUUUAGAUAGUCCAUGCGCAUCCACGACUAUUCCUAAAUUGUUUAACUUCAAACUAUCUCAUUGAAUGUUACCGGCUCGGUCACAUCAAUUCUUGGCACGAAUUGAGAGGCAACGUUUUCUUUCCGUUUGAAAAGAAGUCCAUUGCUCUGAGCCUAGUCUCAAAACGGUGUUAGACCAGAGGACGCCAAUAGGCCAAAAGGCGUCCUCUGGUCUAACACCGUUGUGAGACGAGGCUCAAAAUAAAGCUGUCUCUAGUGUGAACAAAUCAGUUUCAACGACAAUGCAUAUAUCAUCAGAGUAUGUUUUUUGUUUGCAUUCUGACCACAAGUAUUGUGAUUAAUGCAGACAUGAUUCUUUGAAUAAAGGUUUCAGUUUGGUGUUUUAACAUCUUAACAUCUGUUUGUUGCCAGAAAAAAGGGGUAAACCUAUUAUCUUAUUUUGGUACUGACAAAGAAGGCCCCAUGACGUUUCUAUCUUGUUUGCAACUCUUUUAAACCUUUCACCAAAGUCUGGAUUUGAACUUAAAGGUCACCUUAUCUGCAAUAUACAACAUAUGAUAUUCCACAAAUGUGUGUCUGUCUAUUGAUAGCAGUUGUGUAUCUUGUCAACUGGGUUAUCCUUAACCACCGUCAGCCAUUAUCUAUCCACUGCUGAACGAAGGACUCCUCACACUACGAAUCACCACGCUCCUGUGCAUGAGCUAGGCUCAUCGCUCCACCACCAUUGUGAGCCUGUUGCAGAGUAUUUGGCUGCCAUCAAUGUCCACGUGACAAGCCUCUUCGUCGAGCUGGCAUUUGUGGCCAGGUCGCUUCUGAAAAAGAGCGAUUUAGCUCAGUGGGCCUCACCUGGUAAAAUAAAACUAGUUUAGUUCAGUGGCUCGCCCACUUUGUUGCAACACAUGACCUCCAAUUCCCACUGGACGUGGCCACGUGGCCGCGCGUAACCCACUUUGACAGCGCCUCUCUCGGUGUUCACUCUCAGCGGAUUAUAUUUUGUUUAGGCCACCGAACCUACGGCCUUGACACCGACGUCACGGGCCGCCGAAAUGACGCACGCUGGAGGCAAAACACGGAGCGAGUGGCGGCCUUAACGAAUGCAGGGGACCAGCGGGUAACAAGUGGAGAUGCCUGAAAGGCUGGGGAGAGCUACUCGAACGGGGAUGACGAUGUAAACAGCCAAGGCUGGGCAUGGAAUCGGCAGCUGAAAGGCUGUGCUUGGGACAACUUAUUUAUCUUAUUUAUCUUUGUAUAUCAGCCGUAUUUUACAAGGGCGGGCGGUCAAAAUGAUUUGAUGACGGGGGUUACCAAUCGUGUUCUGAAACGUGUGCAAAUUCAAUAUUG